AUGCCGUCUUGUGCCGGUGCGUGGGCAUCACCCCGUGGCGCCUUGGUCGUUGGCACGGACGACGGACGUAUGCGUGUGCUGGAGGCCGGCAGCUAUGUUGAGACGGCUGCAUGGCAGGCGUUUGAGUACAGCGUAGCGCAUGUCAAGGUCGACGCGGAACAACGCGUCAUUGUGGCUGUGGGCUGCGACGCCGCAGGCGGUCCCAGCGUGUUGCGCGUGUGGCGCCUGGAGCCGGCGAUGGCGGCUGGCUGGGCCUCCAAGCUACUGGUAUUUGUGCGACUCGCGCAUGCGACGCGUGCGAGCGAGGGCUCUGGGCGCACAGGCACGUCGAAACCACCCGGCGUCACAGCGCUCGAAGUCGCCCCAGGCCUGCGAUGGAUCGCGGUCGGUCGGGACGACGGUGCCGUGCACGUCGUGCGUGACGUGGCGACUCUCCUGCAUGCCCCGUCGCAUACAGAGCCGGUGCAAGUGCGCGCGAAAAUGGUGCGCGAUCCCACGCAGCUUGAGGAUGGCGACGGCCCCGACACGGUCACUGGCCUCGUCGUGUGCGAGGGGCGCUCCGGCACGGUGCCUCUGCUCAUCGCCACGGUGUCUCGUGUCCUGCGGUGCACGCUCGCUGGCUCUGGCGGGAGUAGCGCGCCAACUCCCAUCGAUACCAUCGGCUGUGCACUGCACUGUGCGGUCCGUUUCCGUGUGUGCGAGCAGGAGCUCAGCGAGCAGGCUGCGCGCGACGAGGCGCUCUAUGUGAUCGGCACGGAUGGUCGUGAAGCGUCUGUAGCGCUAGAAGGCGCCAAGGCAAGUAUGCACGGCUUGCGCGGCGAGCUUGUGGUGGUGUUCACGGCGGCGACGUCGACGCAGCGCGUCGUGGUCUUUGAUCUCGAUUCCAAGUGCAUCACACAUGCACACGAGUACGCGGACCUGCAGCUCGUGUGCACGAGCGACGAGCACGAGCCCGACGAGCGUGUGUGGCUCGUGCAGCAGGGCGGGGGCCUCGUGCUGCACGAGAAGCCGCUGCUCGCCAAGCUCGAGCACCUGUUCCGCUCGCACCUGUACAGGCAGGCCGUGCCGUUUGUGUAUUCGCGCGCCAUGCGCUGUCCUCAUGGGCGCCUGCCCGCGCUUCCGCCCAGCGCGGCGAUUGUGCCGCUGCGUCCGCACGAGCGGCGCGCCGAGAGCCCGGCCGACAUGCUCGUUGCCGAUGUGUACCGGCGCUACGGCGAACAUCUGUAUGCGCGAGGCGACUAUGCUGGCGCAAUGCAGCAGUUUGUCAAGACGAUCGGCGUCGUGUCGCCCAGCUUUGUGAUCCGCCUCUUCCUCGACGCCCAGCGCCUGCCGUACCUGACGCAGUACCUGGAGGUGCUGCACAAGCGCGGCCGGGCACAGGCAGACCACACGACACUGCUCCUCAACUGCUACACCAAGCUGCGCGACAUGGACGCGCUCGAUGCGUUUGUGCGUGCGGACGACGUGCCUUUUGAUGUGCCGCUCGCGAUCGACGUGUGCCGGAAGGCCGGGUGCACCGCGCAGGCGGCCUACCUCGCCGAGCGGCAUGGCCUGCACGAUACGUACCUGAGUCUCCAGCUGCGCGACGCGCACGAUGCGCGCGCCGCGCUCGCGCACCUGGCGACAUUGCCACCGGCUGACGCCACGCACUACUUUGCGCCGUACGCGCACAAGCUCCUGGACACGGAACCAGACGAGACGUGCGACUUGCUUGUCCGCCUGUAUACCCAAGCGCCUACAGAGGCGGCGCCGCUAGCGCCGCUGCUGCCGCACUUUGCGCGACACGAGCGCGCGCUCGAGUCGUUCCUGGAGCGCGUUCUUGCACACCGCACUGCGCGCCCGGCAGAUCUGCCGCUGCUAUACGACACGCUUCUCGAGCUGCACAUGAAAAAUGCACCGCCAAAGGCGCUCGAGAUUUUGUCGAGCGAUGUUCCGUAUACCCCUACACAUGCGCUGAUGCUGUGUGCGAACUAUGCCUACUCUGAGGGCCUACUGUGUGUGUACGAGCGCCUCGGCAUGGCCGAUGCGAUUCUGCAGCACUGGAUGGAUGCCAGCGGGCAGGGCACGCCGGGCGCGAGCCAGGCGGUCCUCGACACCCUGGCGCGCUACGGGCCACAGUCGCCGCACCUGUACAAGACGGUGCUUACAUUUCUCACGUCGUCCGAGGCCCUCCUCGAGGCGCACCGCACGGACAUGGAGCACAUUCUCGCCCACGUUGACGCGCAUGCGCUGCUCUCGCCUAUGGAAAUCGUGCAGCUGCUGGGCCGCAAUAGCGUGGCGCCAAUGGGCCUCCUCACGCCCUACCUGCUGGAACAUGCGCGGCGCGAGCGGGCUGAGCUCGAGAGCGCCGAGAAGCUCGUCGCGUCUUACCGCAAGGAGGCGGCGGAGAAGCAAGCGGAACUCGCAGCCCUCUCGAGCGAGACGGAGCCGCGGGUGUUCCAGAAUCCCGAGUGCGGCCUAUGUAAGCAGGCGCUCGAGCUGCCGGCCGUCCAUUUCAUGUGCCGGCACAGCUUCCACCUGCGGUGCCUUCCCGAGGGUGAGGCGGCGCGCGAGUGCCCUCUGUGUGCGCGAGCGUAUGCGACGGUGCAGACGUUGCAGGGCGCGUCGGCACAUGUCACGCGCGAGCUGGUGCAGAGCGAGCUCGAGGCCGCUGACGACGGCUUCGAUGUGAUUGCCGAUCUGUUCGCCAAAGGCGUCUUGUCGGACCAGGAACGUAUGUAG